UAAUUAGGUACAUAGCGCAAUGUCCUGGUGCGGCACGGUAGUGAAAGGGCUGCGCGAUGUGGCUGUGUGUUUUGUGAGUACUUGAUUACCGAUGCGGCAAUGAUAUGAGCCUGAUUAUGCAGGCUCUCACCGGCUUCCGUACAUAUGAGCUUGCAAGGUCAACAAGCGGGUUCAUUCAUGUAUUCAGUUAUAUUGUCAACCGUGCAUUACAUCGUGCGGGAUGUCGGUCGAACUAAAUCUCACUCCACGAGCCUGGACUGUUCCUGAACGAAGACCGGUGCUGGAAAAUGAUGCUGUUCAUAUCAACAUUCGCAUCACCGACAUAUCUAAAGAGAACGUUUCGUCGACACGCAUCUCGCAUCCGAGCGCUGCGCGAGCUGAGCUUAGCAAGAAAGCUCCCCAAAACAACCGACUAAGGAUAAUUUCAAUAUUUUCCGAAAGAACGAUCGCUCCCUUGAAUAUCACUCCUGAUUUGCUCGAGUACCUAAUCAACGAAUACAAUAUACCACGCUAUUUCGAUGAUGUAAUCGCAUCCUUCGGACAAGAACCCAAUCUUACGGAAGGAAACAGCAACUAUGCCAAUAUGCAUACGAACAUAUCUGGAACCGUUGAAGUCUCGUAUCAACUCCGGUAUGUUGAACAAAAUAACAGACGUGGGCCGGCCAAAUGGUCUCUUCGUCACACAGGAAUCUUUUACCGACACACGCCCAAUGAACCAGAUUUGAUGAUUGUGCUCCACCCCAUCGAAGACCCCAAGUUUCAACGUACAAUAGCCGUACUGCAAGAAGACCACGUCGCAAGAGAAAGCUUCUGCGAGAACCCGAUCAAGCUCCAUGAUACCUUACUUAUAUGUUACGUUGACGAAUGGCGCUGGUACCUGCGGGAUAUUGGCGAACGUUUCAACGGGGAGAACAACCGAGCCAUGGUUGUGAGACCAGAGAAAGCAGAGCCGAAUGCUGCCUUCGCGUGUGUUCAAGAGCUGCGCAAUGCUAAGGAUCUCGUCGUCUUUGCGCGUGCUUGUUGCGCAGGUAAUUUGGAUCUGGUCGACCACCUUGCGCACUGUUUCGCACAACCGCCAGGCUCAAGACUUGUUCUAGACGGACAUAAAACAAAAUUAAGUGGCUAUGUCGCAAGCACAGAUGUCCUGGCAGAGCGCAUACAGAAUCUGAUCGACCUUGUUGGUUAUACGUUGUCAUUACACAACCAGCUCGAGUCCGCGAAGGUCGAAAAAGAGCUCCGAGAUCUAACAGAAGGUCUGAAUAGGCUAACACAAGACAAUGUUGACGAUAGCGCAACUGUCAAGAUCAUUACCUUCGUGUCUGCUGUUUACCUGCCCGGAAGCUUCAUUGCUACUCUAUUAGGCAUGAAUGUCUUUAUGUUCAAUGAAGAAACGGGGCGACUGAGAAUUUCACCAGACUUCUGGAUAUUUGUUGCGGUAUGGCUCCCUCUCACAUUAAUUACUGGGGGUAUCUAUGUCUGCAUAAAAAUGCAGUCGACGCGGCGCACCGCAAAAAGGAGAGGCCACAAACGUCUCGAGUCCGGUAGCACAAUGUCUCAAUACGAGCUAGGUAGUAUUAGCAGAAACAUGUGACUGAACUAUCGGCACAAAGAACAACGUUCCAUCGGUAUGAAGAACGAGAAUGAUAUCCUCCUCACUACCUGCAGGUGAGACUGU